AUGCCCGUCUUCAAGCGGCGCGCCUCGUGUGCGAGCGACUUUUCGCCCUCUCCACCACCACCGCGCUCUAAAAAGACCAAACCCGCCAGUGCCAUCGCCGACUUCAGCGCGAUCCUUACGGGCGAUACCGAAGAUGAUGUUGCAUUGCUGCCUGCGAGGGCGCAUGCCAUAUCGUACCACAAACCGCUCCUGCUCUCGCGCCCGCAGAACGUGGCGUCGCUGCUCGAGUGGUUCGAGCGCGUCUCCGACAGCCGUGCCAUGCCGUGGCGUGCGCCCUUCCUCGACCCGGCUCACCAUGAUCCAGACAAGCUGAAAGAGGCGCAGAAGAAACGGGCGUACCAGGUGUGGAUCUCCGAGAUCAUGCUGCAACAGACGCGCGUCGAGACGGUCAAGUCGUACUGGCUCGCAUGGAUGGCCAAGUGGCCCUCGAUCGACAUGCUUGCUGCCGCGCCCGAAGAAGAGGUUAUGGCAGCAUGGCGUGGGCUUGGAUACUACAGCCGGGCGACGCGCAUCCACACGGCCGCCAAACAGGUCGUUGCCGAUCCAGAGCUGCAAGGUUCACUGCCACAAACGCCGCCCGAGCUCGAAAAGGUGCCCGGCAUCGGAGCCUACACUGCGGGCGCGAUAUCUUCGAUCGUCUUUGGGCAGGCCGUGCCCAUUCUGGACGGUAACGUGGCGAGGGUGUUGUCGAGGCAGCUGGGGCUGUAUGCGAAUCCGAAGGCCAAGGCCACCACCGACGUGCUGUGGGAGGCGGCGCGGGUCGUGGUGGAGAAGGCGCAAGAGGUCAAGCAGGGCGGAGCGACGCCGGGGCAAUGGAAUCAGGCUCUAAUGGAGCUCGGAAGUACACUGUGUACGCCGCUCAAACCGGCAUGCAACGAGUGCCCGAUCAGAGCCAGUUGCAGGGCACAUGCCGAGGCCACGCUCCCGGCGAGCAAAGGCGGCGUCGAGGAUAUGGAAGACCUUUGCAAGCUUUGCGAGCCGUUCCCAAACGAUAUCAAGCCCGAACCUGCAGCAAAGAGCGAGCCCAAGAGUAAGAGUGGCAAGAAGAUGCGACAGGCAACGCUCUCUUUCGGCACGUCCUCAUCCACCGAAGCCAAGGAGACGGCGCGAGGGAGCGGGGACGAGGCUUUGCAUGCGCACGUCUGCAAGUUUCCCAUGAAGCUUAGCAAAAAGACGAUCCGCACAGAGUCGUGUCUGGUGUGCAUCAUCCGGCGGCCUGCGGGCGAGUAUCUGCUGGAACAACGCCCAGCGUCAGGGCUGCUCGCCAGCAUGUGGCAGUUCCCCUCGCUCACCCUCUCCACCACCGAGGCAGGAUCGACUCCCGCACCACCAACGCCGCCAACGCGCGCUGAAAUUGACGACUUCGCCGCCUCGUUGCUCGGAUCCAAGGCGGCAGCACAGGCGCACCAGCGCAUCGGCACCAUCGAGCACGUCUUUUCACACCUCCACCUCACCAUGCACGUCUACUGCCUCGGGCUGGCCAAAGACGUAGAUCUCCCUGCCGCCAAGCGGAAGAAGGAAGAGGGAAAGGCAAGGAACUUUGGAAGCAGCCUCGGCGACACUGCCACGAGGAGGUGGGCCGAUGCGGCGGCAGUCGAGGCGGAAACCAUGGGAACGGGUAUGCGCAACUGCUGGAUCGCGUAUCAGCAGCAAGCCACCACACCAGCCCAGGCCAAGACCAAGCCGGACAAGCGCAAGGCGUGA